CACCUAUCAGGCCGCUAUCACCUUUUUAGGUAACCCACAAGCUGCAAGAUGUGCCGCACUUUUCACCGUCAUGGAAAUCUUCCGCACGGCCCACAGUCGCCCACUCCGCCAAUAUAGACCUCCCUUUCGCCAGUGAGCGCCUGACCUGAACCAUACCCUUUCUUCACGACUCGCUGUCGCCCGCUAUGGAUGAGCUGCAUGCUGCAGGACCAGCGCCGAGCCGCUCGUUGCUAGCAGCAUGUCGCGAGGACGACGCAGUUGCAGCAGAUGAGAAUGGCGACAGUCAGCAAGGGUCAGCACGAUCAAGCAUCUCUGCGAUAAGCUCCCAACCUGAGAGACAGGAUCGACUAUCUACUGCAGGAUCCACAUCAUCAGCGGACCUUCCUGGUAUGAGCAACGAAGGAAGUGGAUCAAGGCGUGGAUCAAAGGAGAGUAUCUGCAGCACAGACUCCGGCUUUGGUCAAGGCUCAGAUAGGCCGGCAAUCAAGAAGAAGGAGACCACUCGUCGUCGCAACAAGGCACACGUCUCAACGGCCUGCUAUCCUUGCAAGCGCGCGCAUCUGGCAUGUGAGACAAGCAGACCAUGCAAACGCUGUGUCAAUCUAGAAAAGGAGGACCAAUGCAUUGAUGUGGCCCACAAGCGUCGUGGGCGACCGCGUAUCAAGGACACGGUUGCAUCGAAAGCUGGACCACCGCUUGACUCCUUGAAUCACUUCCAGACAUCUGUCCCAGCAGCAGCUGUUCAGACGACAGAUGUGUCUCCAAAGCGAGGUCCGUCCCUAGGCAUAGAAGGCAAAUUUGCCGAGCGUCCGAAUCACAUUGAUCUCCAACCUCGUUCAUUGAGCACUGAUCUGAGGUUUGGUAUGCAGCCAGGUGGUGGUAUCACGCCGCCCAUAUCCUUUGAGAGCGCUGCUGUGACACCAGGCUGGCACGAACGCCGGAGCUCUGUCUCAGAAAACAGCUAUAUGCCUGGGAUGGGCAACUAUGAAGUUGCACCCAGUGUUGCGCGACCCGUCACAGCUGCUCUCAUUCUAUCUAUGGAUUUGGUGAUCAUUCGAGCGACUAAUGACAUUGCUUCGUGGCUAGAGACGACUACUGAUGAUCUUGUGCAUAGGUCGCUGACACAAUUGACAAGGGACGAUGAUCUGCAUCAUCUGCAUACAUUGCAACAAGCCUUGACGCAAGAUGCUGCGGACUUGUUGGGUGUACAACCCAAGAUAGCGCAACAGCUCCAUCCUCGGGCAUUACAAGACGCAUUGGCCGCUUACAACACAGUCGAGUUGACGGCUGCAGGGCCACGACCGUAUCCAGUCCGACAGGCUGGUUUGACACUUCGGCAAAAGCCGGCUGGCUUGCCUCACAGCAGCAAGGCUUCUACUCACAAUUAUCGCCCUUCACAAUGCCGAGUGGGCAGACUCGGUAUAGUCAUACGCAUCCAUACUUUCACCAACAUCAGCAGAUCCAGGCUCAAAAGCAGGCUUUUGUCAACACACAAGAAGUCAACACGGCGCAGGAGAGAAGAGAAGAGAAGAAGCCAUUGUCGUUCCUGGAUCCGGGCUUUGAUUGGGCAGGCGCAACAGCUGCCGCUGCUGCCAGGAAGCCGGCUGAGUCACUGGAAAAGGAUUCGACGAAUGUGAGUGUAACGGAGACGAAGGACGGACAUACAGAGGAGGGUCAUGCUCGACAGAAGAGUCUGUCCCUGGCAUCAGUCAUGAAUUGAUUUAUCGUUACCCUUGCUGUAGAA